UGCGAAACUUUUAUUUAUACCUGCACACAGUACUUCAGAAAAGGGAACUAAAAAUAGUGACACGGAGACAGAGGUGGGUUGACUGUCUUUGUCUCCCAGGUUUUUCAUUCUGUUGUCCGCGAGGAGCUCCACGCGAGAAACAUGAUGGAGGCAGAUGAUGGGGAAAUUUUGGUCACAGCUCAAGAUCAGUUUGUUGCACCUCCCAAUGGUGGCCUGAAUGAACUGCUGAAUGUUGGACAGGAAGCUGAUAUGCAAGACCAGGUGGAGGAGUUUCUGGCUCCGCAGGCAGAGUACAAUGAAGAGGAGGAGGAGAGGAAAUACUACAGGCGGAAGAGGCUGGGGGUCAUUAAAAAUGUUCUUGCAGCCAGUUUUGGGGCUAUGAUUGUAUACAGCGUGUACAUGGGUCUUUUGCAGAUGCAGCUGCUACUCCAUUAUGACAUGACAUACCGGGAGGUGAAGUAUAGCAACCUUCACUUGGAGGAUAUUGAUCAUAAGAUGCUGAUGGGUAUUAAUGUCACACCCAUCAUAAGCCUGCUGUAUACCCCCAUUCUUAUCAGGUUUCUUGGUACCAAAUGGAUGAUGUUCCUGGCUUCAGGGAUCUACGCACUCUUUGUCUCAACUAAUUACUGGGAGCGUUAUUAUACCCUUGUUCCAUCGGCUGUAGCUAUUGGUGUGGCCAUUGUGCCCUUCUGGGCCUCUUUGGGGAGUUACGUCACCAGGAUGGCCCAGCAGUACUAUGAAUUCACCAACUACAAGGAUGAAAAUGUGCAGGAGCAAAAGAAGCUGCCUAAGGGGGUGUGCCACAGUUACAUCAUUGUCUUCCAGUCUAUCUUUUACAUCAUCUUCCAUCUAAGUUUCGUCUUUGCUGAGUUCCCCAUGCUUUUCGUCAUAAAUGGAUACGUGUAUGAGGAUGGCCACAUUCUUGCCAAUGUCACUUCCUGUGGAGCAAAAAUAACGGGAGUGAUCCCUGGCUUCAGCCCCACUCUGCUGAGAAACCUGCCUCGCUCCAUGCUGCUCAUUGAGGUGGAGAGCGUGCUCAUGGGCUUUGCCUUCUUUGCAAUGAUCAUCUUCCUUUUGUUGUGUGGUGCUGCAUACCGACCAACAGAAGAAAUCGAUCUCCGCAGUAUUGGCUGGGGAAACAUCUUUCAGCUGCCUUUCAAACACCUGAGAGAUUACAGACUGCGACUGCUCUGUCCCUUUUUCAUCUACAGUGGAUUAGAAUUGCUGUUUGCAGUCACUGGAUUCUCUCUGUCCUAUGGCGUGUGUGCUUUGGGCCUGAAACAACUGUGGCUCCUGAUAGUUAUCUACGGCCUCUCCUGCUCCAUAUUUUCCUCCCUCUCCCUUUUUCUCCUGUACCUCCCACGUUGGGCAUGCCUAAUGGGGGGCGCUGUUGUACAUGGAGUGCUGCUGGUGGUUCUCAUGGCAUUUUCUCCAGAAAAGAGUGACUCAAAGUAUGAGAUCCCUGUGCUGGUUAUCUCUGUGUUGUGGGGACUCGGCACCGCCCUGAACAAGACGGGUGUUAGCACUCUGGUUGGUAUGUUGUACGCUGAGGAAAAAGAACGUCUGGACUUUGUCUACACCAUCUAUCACUGGUGGCAGGCCAUCGCCAUCUUCAUAGUCUACCUGUGGUCCAACUUGCCAAUGAGGGCCAAGCUCUCCAUCUUGUUGGCCACUUUGCUGCUGGCAUGUUACUGUUAUUGGGUGAUGGAGCGUCGGCUGGCCAAGAAAAUUCAGUACAGACUGCCUCGCAUCCCUCGCCCACGGCACAAGGUCAAAGGCUACCGUUACCUUGAAGAGGACGACUCCGAUGAGUCAGACUCUGACAGGAGUGAGGAGGAAGACGAAGAUGAUGAGGGUUAUGCUGUGGAGGAGAUGAAUGAAGACAACAUAGAGGAAGAAGGCCAAGGGGCAGGGGUUCUUGGGGCUGACUCACCCGGGGCCAGGAGGAGAGUGGCUGGGGGUUACCGUCCCAGAGGGGAGGAUGCCAUUAUAAAGGAGGGAGAGGGGGAGGAGCAUCAGGAAGGCUAAGCAAGGGGAAGGACAGGGUAAUGAAGGGACAUGGCUGACAGAUGUCAUUAUUACAGAGAGGAAGACCAAGAGAAAUGAAUGCCAUCUGCUGUUCCUUCUCCAUUCAUAUUUUUAGAGGUAUUUAUGCACAUAUAAAUCUUAUAUGCUUGACCUUACAAAGCUUUUAAAUGCAGGUGUAACAAAUAUCAUAACAGUGAUAUAGAAGAAGGAAUAAAAGAAAAAAAAAGUAUUGCAUUUUACCUGUCGCUCUGACAGUCUCAGUGGCACAUACUAAAUAAAUCAAGCCUACAGCUUACAAUACAACAAGAAGAGCUUGUGUUUGUUUUGCUGCACAGUUUGCAGCUCAGUUAUUGAAGGCUACAUAAUAACAAGUUGCUUUUGUGUCUUUCUAAAAAGGGAACAGUUCUGUAAUAUUUGGCAUUGAUUUUUAAAAAAUGACAACUUAUCUGGCAUGAAAGAACUCAAAAAGACAGAAAAGAAAUUAGAAAUUGAUUUUCUUAUUCCUCCUCAGGGUGAGGUUGUUUUAAUGGAGUUGUUUUUGGAGAGUCUGGUGCUGCUGGAUAAGUGCUGUGAGAGCAGACUCUUUCGCUGUUAUGUCUUUGUUUACCUUAAAGUCUGUACCUGCAGAUAUUUUAUCAGUAGCAUUUUUAAGCCUUUAUCCAAGCAGGUGGUUUCCUGUGAACAUAAGAAGAUAUUUUUUUAAUUGUUCCUUAGGAAAGACUGACUCAAUGAAAUACAAGAGCUCAGACAUGCUUGCAGUCUGAGGCAUCUCAGUAGAUAAGUGAAAAAGAGGAUUCAGGCUGCUACUACUGUAUUAUGCAUCAGGUAUAGGGAAGGUCAAUGCCAGGCAGUUAUGAAUUUGGUAAACAGUGGCUGCAGCAAUGCUAAUGCUUAUGUGAACUGUGUCAGGCAUAGACAUAAAUAUGUAGACACCAGCUUGACUUGAUUGUACAUUGAUUGUCAUUAUUAGUACUUCAGUCAUUGAAUAUAUGAACAUUUCUUGGUUAAAUGAAAACUUUAAACUCAUAGUCUUAAAAAAAAAACUGUUUCUUCUUCUUGUAUUCAUAGCAAAUCUGCCACUCCCAAAAUGGUGUUCACACUGACUUCUUUCAGCAGCUUACCACCAAAGCCAAUGUGGUGUGUACUUACAGAUGUGUUCAAAAUAAUACCAGUGUGUUUAAAAAGAGUUAGUAAAGCUCAAAAUCCUUAUAAUACUCUUUAUUUCUAUCUGCACCAAUGCACUGGGAACACCACAUUCUUUUCCCGAUCAAACAUGAAGAAAAAUGAAUCAAAUUUAUAAUAGAAAGUGAAGAAAAAUUAAUCUAAUUUAUUGUAUCUGUACAGAAAGUAAAGAAAAAUGAAUAUUAAUCUGUUAGAAUAAUUGCCAUGCCUUCAUUUUUCUUUACAAACUGAAAAAUGUUUAAAGAUUUGGCUUUGAUGUGAAUCACUGAACUAAUAUUCAGUUCUAGUAAAUUAUUUGCCAUGUAGUGGGAUCAUCUCAAUUUAUAUCCUUUUUUGGGGUAUACUCUUUACAAAGAAGAGUGUAAGGAGACUAAAAGAUAAGUGGGUAUAUUCUGUAUAUCCUGAACCACACCACUGACUAUGGUCUAGGUAGUGAAAAUGCUGUUACUAUUGUAACAUGCUCAAAAUAAUAAUGGUAAUAUGCUUAUGUUUCAUUUCUAAAUGUUGCCAAAAGCUAAAAUUUGCUAAUUUGCACAAUAUGCAAACACAUGUGAGGCUGAUAUGGAUGGGAUUAAAUUUGCAGACAUUUGCUAAAGAAAUAAAAGAGGAAAACAGGUCUGAAGGGAUUAAAUGUUAGCUCUGACGAGAAUUAAAAUAGGGUAGAAUGUCUGGGGUUUGCCGUAAUGAUAAAUUCAUCAUGACAAUGAGAAUAAAGUGUACACAGAAUUUAAUGGCAUCUCAGGGUUGUUUAAACAUUUCACUUUGAAAUAUCAGAAAAAAAGGAACCGCAGUCAACAGGAAUUAUCAUUAUGAAUACUGGUAUGUCAUGGUUAGAAAUAUGUCCAACAAAUCAGCGGUCCUUGACCUUUUUUGCGCCGAGGUUUCCUGAAAGACUAGGUUUUCAUGGACUGGUCAUGUUUGGGGGAUAAAUGCACUGAAAUAAAAUGAUACAAACAGCAUUAAAAACAAACAACAUGCAGAAAAAAUACAACUCACCAUAUGCAGGAUCAGUGGGUGUGUGAGAAUCAUGUCACAAUAAACCCAUAUUGUAAGUAGGACUCCUGGUAUUGACUUUUACAUGUAGGUUUUUUUUUUGUUACUUGGCAGUGGUAGGCUUUACUUUUGUCUCAUUGAGCCUUUUACUCUUUGCAAAGUAGCUCUCCAACAAUGUUUGUUUGUUUAUUUUUUUAACUCAUUUUAGCUAGCUAGUGGACUUAAUUUUUGGGUUUCAUGACAGAGACUAGAGUCUCACUAAAGCUGGCAUAGUGGGUAUCUGUUUUUACCAGCUUUUUGGUUAUUUAUAGGAGAUUCAUGCAUAGGGAGUUUAGGUUACACAUCAAUGUGCAAAAAAAGUUUGAUUGUUAAAUAGACUGAAGGUUAUUGUUUCUCUUUCUUUUGGUACUGACCAUAUUUUGAAGUAAGAUCAUGUUCUCUGGAUAUAUCCUUCUUUAACCAUGAUCUAUAGAUUGUGCUGUUCCAGUCGUUUUGAGCCUGAAUGUCAUUCUUUCUUUAGACUAACGGUUACAUUGUGGGUAAUGCACAUGGCAGGGUUAGUUCACCUGUAGUCUAUUUUGUCAAACAAAAAUGGUUUUGUAUUUCUAAAAGGGGUGGGGUUGGGGGGUGGUGAAGUCAACAUUCUGUAUUGCCCAUUAAACAUUUCAUGUUUUUUAAUGAAAGGAAUGUUUCAGUAAAUGGAUGUAAAUGCUAAUGAUAUUGCACAUAUCCCUGCAACGUUGGUCCUUUAUAAUGUGAAGCUGAAACAAUGUUGUACUUUUCUUUUGGUUACACUGACACAUUAAAAAAAAAA